GGCACCUCAAGAUGGUGGCGCCCAGCGGCACCAUGAGCGACUCUGAGAGCUGCAGCAGUAGCAACAGCGAUGCGGAGGAGCUGGCGCGGUGCCGCGAGGCGGCGAUGCCCGCCUGGGGGUUGCAGCAGCUCCCGCAGGGAGCAGAGAAGCCCAGAUCCGACGCUGCCGGUAAACAAGUACCCGUACCGUCUCAGCGAAGCCUCAGGCGUGAGGUGAACCAGCACGAUGAAGACGGCAAUGAGCUUCAGACCACUCCAGAGUUCCGAGCCCACGUGGCCAAGAAGCUGGGAGCCAUGCUGGACAGCUCCAUCGCCAUCUCAGAAGUGUGGAAGCCACACAGGGCGGAGGAGCAGCAGGUGACAGAGGAGGAAGGUGGGUUCCGCCUCUUCUUCACAUCCAUCCCCGGAAGCCACAAGAAGGAAGUUUCUCCAAAACCCCGCCGAAAGCGCCAGCCCCCAAGCUCCAGCAGCAGCGAGGACAGUGACGGGGAGUGCCAGCGGUGCCGAGAGGCAGCUGUGUCUGCUUCGGAUAUUCUCCAGGAGUCAGCCAUACACCGUCCUGCCGAGGUGCAGGAGCUGGAGAAGAGAAAGUUGAAAAAGAAAGCCAAGGAGGAGAUGGACAUCGACUUGGCUGGAGCCGCAGGCCUGAAACAGGUGGAGGAGGCCGGCAGCGUCAUUGGGGACCCAGCGCCGCUUGGGGUCAAAAAGAAGAAAAGGAAGAAAAAGGCCAAGAAGGCCAGGGAGGCUUCCCGUGCCCACCCGCAGAGCGUCAGCGGCUGGGCCUGAAGAUUGACUCCAGGCCAUAGGCGCCGCGGCCACUGGCUCUUGAGGAUGAGGCACCCGUUGGGUCGAAGGCCAUGCUCCCUCCAGAUUCCAUGCCUCUGCCCGCAUGCACGUGACUUUAGUGUGCAGAGAAGCCUGAGCAGGGCCCUCUGUCACCUCAGAAGGGCAGGUUCUUCCAGCUUCUGAGACUGACUCAGAGCGCCAGUGUCCUGUCCCAUGUUGAGGUCCCCACUCACCUGCCCAGCCCGGCGUGACAAGUGGCCUUUAAGAGCGAGGGGGUGGGGUCUCCAAGCUACUGAGGAAAAUUGCUGUACCUCUCCCCCAGCCCACACAGACCUAACAACGUUGUCUAGAAAAGUGUCUUCCCCCGCUCCUUCUUUUCCCCAGAAUUUUCUUACUCCAAAUUGCCAAUACACUCUUCGUAAUAACGUGUCUAAGUCAGCUCUGUUACUGAAAGUCAGGUCCCAGAGUGCUGGGGACCCGCUUACUGGCCGGGUGCAGGCUUAGCUACAGAGCCCCGAGUUCUGUCUCCAGCACCAAAGAGAAAAGAGGAAAAGUCAGGUGACCCAAGAUGUAGACUCGUAUUGCGCCUGCUCAGUGCUGACCAAGGCGAACUCUUUGUUUGUUUGUCUGGAAGAGUGUCUGUGUAGCUCAGAUUGGCCUAAGACCACCAGUCUCCUGCUCCUGCCUCCCAAGUAGAGUAACAGGGAUGAGCCAUCGGUGCCGGGGAUCAAACCUACAGCAUCAUGCUUACUAGGCAAGUGUUCUACCACUGAGCCACAUCCCCAAUGCUGAAAGUUAGGGAACAUCUUAAAUAAAAACCACAUGUGCGCAGCUUCCCCCUGCCUUCCCUCCUGGCCGCUGAGGGAUACGCAGGAAGCU